UCUCUCUCUCUAUAACACCUACCUUUUUUCUUUACUCUCUCUAGGCUCCAAAACAAGCCCCAAAACAUCUCUCUCUCUCUCUCUCUCUCUCUCUCUCUCUCUCUCUUUCUGAACCAAGCCAGCUUUAUCAAACACCUUCUCCAUCUCUCUCUCUCUCCUACACAAACACCAUGGCAGACAGAGUCUAUCCUACAGCGAAACCGGCUACCGCGGCCCCCGCCACAGCAGCCAACCCCGCCUUCCCCGCCACUAAGGCCCAACUCUACAGCAACACGCGCCCAGCCUACCGUCCCCAACCCCACCACCGCCGCCGCAGCCGAAGCCGCUGCUGCUCCUGCUGCCUCUGGAUCAUCUUCCUCAUCCUACUCCAGCUCGUCAUCGUCGCCGCCCUCAGCGCAGCCUUCUACGUCUUCUACCGCCCCCACCGCCCUUCCUUCUCCGUCACCUCCCUCAAGCUCCAAACCUUAAACUUCACCACCAACUCCCACCUCACCUCCAGCUUCAACCUGAACAUCACCGCUCGAAACCCGAACAAGAAACUCGUGUUCAUCUACAACCCCAUGGCCAUCUCCAUCUACUCCAACGACGUCGACAUCGGCGACGGAAUCAUACCUUCCUUUGUGCAUGGGAAGAAGAACACGACGCUGUUGAAGGCAAAGAUCGCGAGCAGCGGGAAAGAGCUUCAGAGCAGUGAAGUGAGUGCUUUGAAGGCUGACAUUAAGAGCAAAAGUGGGCUGCCAUUGAAGGUCAGGUUGGACACUAAAGUGAGAGUGAAGGUGCUUGGGCUGAAGACUCCAAGAAUUGGAAUUAGGGUUAAGUGUGAGGGGAUUAGGGUUACUUCUCUUCCAACUGCUAAAGCUCCUGCCACUGCUUCUACUUCCAACGCUAAGUGUAAGGUUGACGUUAGAGUCAAGAUCUGGAAAUGGACCGUGUGAGGGGAAAUUGAAUUUGCAAAAUUAAAGAAAGAAAAGGAAAAGAAAAAAAGGUGGGUGAUAUAAUUUUUUGUUUUGUUUUCUUUCAAAGAUUUUGUAUUAUUUGUCUUAUAUUUUUGUGAAUUUAAUUUUGUGAUUAUUUUUUAUUAUGUUUUGUUAAUGGAAGAAAGGGUGGUGGUUGAUAUUGUAUAUUGUGUUAGAAAGCAAGUUGUUAAGUUGUUGUAUUAAGAAAUUGUUUGUGUAUUAGCUAGGUAUUAUCUGUUUCAAGAUGUAUAUGAUCACACUUUUCCAUUUAGUCGUAUUAUAUGAA